UCUAUAAAUAUUCCAAAUUUCUAGUUAAAUUCCAAACAUGUUUAAAGAUUCAUUGACUGCUGGUUGCCUCCCCAAGAAUGAAAAAGCCAAUUGUCGUAUAGUUGAAGAAUUGUGCCAACCUUUGCUGUUGGAUAUUGAAACUCUUAACAAAAUCAAAGAACUUUUUCUUAAAGAUCUCAAAAUGGGUUUAGGGCGUAAAACCAACGUCCAAGCGGUAGUCAAAUGCUUUCUAACAUAUGUCCAAAAACUACCUACGGGCUGUGAAAAAGGUCGAUGUCUUGUUUUGGACUUGGGUGGCAGUAAUUUUCGUGUUAUGCUCAUGACCUUGGAUGGGCAAAUGAAAUAUAAAAUAACAGACAAGAAAUUUAAGUUUCCCGAACAUCUGUUGCAGGGUUCCGGACAGAAUCUUUUCAACUAUGUGGCCGAGUGUUUAAGUAAUUUUGUGAAAAAUUUAAAUCUUCACAUGGAAGAAUUGCCGCUGGCAUUUUCUUUUGCAUUUCCCAUACGACAGCAUGGCUUGCACAAAGGUGAACUGGUGGGUUGGGGAAAGAAUUUCAAUAUACCAGAUGUGGUGAGUCGCAAUGUGGUGGAGUUGUUGCAGGCAGCUGUUGAACGUAGAGGAGAAAUUAAGAUUAGUACUUAUGUGCUGAUGAAUGACACCACGGCGGUGCUAAUGAGCUGUGCUUUUACACAUCGUUAUAGUAAAAUUGGUGUGAUAGUGGAUAAUGGCUGUAAUGCCUGUUAUUUGGAGCAGGUUAAAUAUAUCACAACAUUUCAAGACCCUAAGACUAUACCCACUAUACCCACCAUGAUCAUUAAUACAGAAUGGGCAUUUUUUGGUGAUAAUGGUUCUUUGGAUUUUGUACGCAGCAAGUGGGAUAUGGAAAUAGAUGAGCUUUCAUCCACUAAAGCUCAACGUACAUUUGAAAAAAUGGUGUCUGGCCUAUAUCUAGGACCACUAGUGCGUCUUAUUAUAUUGGAAUGCAUAAAAACUGGAGUUCUUCUGCAAGGCGUAACAACUUUAGAGCUAGAGAAAGUCGAUAGUUUUAAAACUUCAUAUAUCUUUGAUAUUGAAUCCCAAUGUACCGGUUGCCAUUAUAUAACCCGAGAAAUUCUUCAUAUUCUAGGCUAUGGAAAUCCCACAAAUGAGGAUUGUGAUUGUGUACGCUUUAUCUGUGAAGUCAUUUCUCGCCGUUCGGCUGACUUGGUAGCAGCUACAUUGGCGUGUCUUAUAGAUCGCAUAGGAGAUCCUUUUGUCACUGUUGCUAUUGAUGGGAAUAUUUUUCGUUGUCAUUCCCAUUAUGAGAAAUAUUUAUUGGAGAAACUUAGGAAACUUGUUAAAACUGAGCACAAGUUCGAGUUGAUUGUGUCAGAAGCGGGAACUGGUUGUGGUGCUGCAUUGGUGGCUAUUGGAGUGGCCAAACACUACAAAGAUGUAGAAAAGAGAAAAUCAAGGUUUACAUACAAUAAUGAGGCAAAUGCUAAAGCAAAUGGGAAGGUGCUCAACCAAAAGAGGAGAGUUUGUAAACAAUUCAAUGGAAGAGUUAAAUUAAUUAAAAGGUUUAAAGUUAACAAGGUGAGUGCGUCCCGGCAACAAAUACAACAAUGCAAAAACAACAGGUAA